CACCAUCCAUCACUCUCUCUCUCUCUCUCUCUCUCUCUCUCCCUCUCUCUCUCUCUCGUUGUCUUUUUAAUGUAACUUCUGACUGAUCGGGAGAGCAGGGAGCGUCUGGAAAGCCUGGUCCGGCGACUCCAUCACUGAUGAGGGAUCUGCUCGCACGGUAUUCUCUUUAAAGCUGGACACACCGGACAGAGAGGAUCAGAUUACAUAUUUUUUGGGAUAACGUUGCUUCCCCUUGUGGAUUUUGGCUGAGAUUGUCUGCCUUUAUGUUUCCCUCUGUGGAUGUUAUAGCGCAUAUCUCGGUCUGAAUGACGCUUUCUUUUUGGAUUUCCCCCGCGCCAAGCUGUUUCUGGGUGACUGCCCAUUCUUUACUUGUGAAGUCGCGCGUUAUAAUUUUAUUGCAGUUAUCUUAUGCGGUCUGUUCAUAUUCUGAGGCGUAGAUUGUAUUUAUUUUUUUUUCCUUGAAUGUGUUUUAGUGGUUCAUGUCGACAGAUCGUGUGCGUUAAUUAUUGCGUAAAAAGAGGGAAGUUGGGCGCAGAAAGUUUUGGUGACGGUCGAUAUGGCGAUGGUGGCGUGGAGAAACACUGAGGGCGUCGGGGACACUCAGGGGACUCUCUCCUCCCCGGUGUCCCAGGUUGCACCUCUGUCUCUGCCCGGGGAGCUGACGGGACACAUGAACCCGGCGUCUCUGGAAAUACCACCGGCAGCAGCAGCACCCCAGGGCGCACCACCGCCCAAUCCGUCCAGCACCACCACCGCUACCACCACCACCAACAUUAACAACAACACCUCCUCUUCCUCCUCCUCCUCCUCGUCCAUGGACAAACAGCAGAGCCAACAGAUCGAGUGUAUCGUGUGCGGGGAUAAAUCCAGCGGGAAGCACUACGGACAGUUCACAUGUGAGGGAUGUAAAAGCUUCUUUAAACGCAGCGUCAGGAGGAACCUGACCUACACCUGCAGGGCCAACAGGAACUGUCCCGUAGACCAGCACCACCGCAACCAGUGCCAGUACUGUCGCCUCAAGAAAUGCCUCAAAGUCGGCAUGAGGAGGGAAGCUGUCCAGAGAGGCAGGAUUCCGACGCAGGCUUAUCACGGCCAGUUUGCUCUGACAAACGGAGACCCUCUACAGUGUCACUCCUAUCUAUCGGGAUACAUCUCUCUGCUGCUGCGGGCCGAGCCCUACCCGACCUCCAGGUUCGGCUCUCAGUGCCUGCAGAGCAACAACAUCAUGGGCAUAGAGAACAUCUGUGAGCUGGCGGCCCGGAUGCUCUUCAGCGCCGUGGAGUGGGCCCGCAACAUUCCUUUCUUCCCGGACCUGCAGGUACCGGACCAGGUGGCCCUGCUCCGCCUCACCUGGAGCGAACUGUUCGUGCUGAACGCCGCACAGUGCUCCAUGCCCGUCCACGUCGCUCCUCUGCUGGCCGCCGCCGGCCUCCACGCCUCCCCGAUGUCCGCGGACCGGGUAGUGGCCUUCAUGGACCACAUCCGGGUCUUCCAGGAGCAGGUGGAGAAGCUCAAGGUUCUACACGUGGAUUCAGCAGAGUACAGCUGCAUCAAGGCCAUCGUGCUGUUCACCACAGAUGCUUGUGGUCUGUCGGAUGUGGCCCAUGUGGAUGGUCUACAGGAGAAAUCCCAGUGUGCUUUAGAGGAGUAUGUGAGGAGCCAGUAUCCCAACCAGCCUAACAGGUUUGGGAAGCUGCUGCUCCGCUUGCCUUCUCUCCGCACCGUCUCUUCCUCUGUCAUAGAGCAGCUUUUCUUCGUCCGUCUAGUGGGGAAAACCCCCAUAGAAACUCUGAUAAGGGACAUGCUGCUGUCAGGCAGCAGCUUCAACUGGCCUUACAUGCCUAUUCAGUAGAGGAGGACGCUGCAGUGGUGCUGCUAAGGUCAGGAAAGGUCUCACACCUCAAACAAAGUCAUUUUAGCUACUGCAGCUUAAAAUCUGUGCCGCUUCGAACAAGGGAAAAAAACUUCCGGUGGAAUGGGAUCAUUACUGAAAUUUUCCAGUUAAAAAUGUAUUGAGUUUUUCUUGAAACCAGAGCAGUGAUCUGCCUUAUUCUGCAUUAAAUAAAUCAACCGUUGUGAUGACGAGGAACAAUCUGACUCCACUGGCAGAUUUUUUUUACUUGUUCAAAGAGAACAAUAUUUCAUGAGAUGAAAUGACUGGUCAUGAUGGACAUUUUUACUGCGUGAUGACCACUCACAUUCUAUGGUUUUUGGGAUAACAAACAAUAUUUAUUGGACCCUGUGUGUAUAUUUAUCGUGCUUGUAAAUUAUGUUUUGGCUCCUUUUUUAAAACAAAAAAAUGUUUUAUGUAUUUUUGCCCCAGCCAGUGAGAAAACUGCAGGGAUUGUCUUGUGUUGAUCUGUUUUUUUUGUUUUCCUUUUGUUUGUUUGUUUCAUACCUUCCAGACAUGGCACUUUGGACUAAAGGAACAUUUCAUAUAAAGAUUUCACACAAGUGUUUAAAACCCAGCAUUUCUGACCUAUUUGCUCAGUGGUGUACAAACAGAAAGAAAGGUGAUAUUAAAGCUCUGGUUUAGUUACUUUUGGUUCUUACUCCAUUUGCAAUGUCGACACUGAAAGGAUGCAAAGAAAAAGAGCAAAACAUACUUGUAAACUGCACUUCUCAUAGUCAGUGUAAGGUUACACAAAGUAAUUCAUUACUUGUUAAUCACUGAAUAGGUAGUAUCAUUACUUUAUUACAUUAAUACAGCAUGUCCUUAAAUAUUUUAGUUAAUACUUUCUGGCAGAUUUUUUCUUGCCACAAUGGACCAUUGCUACUUUUUUACCCUCUAAAAAAACAAUAUUUCAUUUUUUUUCUCCUUUAAAUGAUCAAAUCAGUGAAUUUUUGUUAUCUCGUCCAAACAGAGGUGAUGAUGAGGCCAAAUAUGAAAAAUAGAUAAGGAAAAGGAGGCUGAAUGUUGAACAGCUGUAACCUGAUAUUUUUUACAUUUAUAGGAGUUAAAGGAAAGAAUUGUUUUCUUUUCACCGGUGAAAAGUAAUGACAUUACUCCACUGAUUAAUGACUGAUGCAUUACCACACACUUCUCAUUCAUUUACAUCUCCAGGUCUUUUAUACUGACUGUCAGACACCGGGCCUGAUGUGCAACCACAGUUUCUUAAUGGGAUAAAUGAACUGUACACAACUUCCCAGGUCAAGUAACAAAUCUAUUUCAUUAUAAUUCAUGCAUUUAUGAGCCCAGGCCGCUUUAAUGGCACAAUAGACCACUGCAGGGUAUUGCUGAACUGAAAGUGUGUGUAUAUGCUUGUGUGCGGGCAUGCGUCUGUGCGUGUGUGUACGAGUGCGUAUUUGUGUUUACUUCUUUUUUGACAACCACUCUGAUGUACUGUGAAAGCAUAUUGGUUAACAUAUUGGUACCGUAUUAAAUUAUAACUCAAGAUUUAUAAAUAAAGUGUAUUUGGUUUAUUUUGCCAUUUCAAUCCUAUGUUUAUGACUGGCCUCUCUCCCAACAGAAUG